CGGGGCGAAAUGACAGACUGCUCCGCUCUUCAGUUUGUCAACCCCUAUGCUUUCGAAGCCAUGCAGAAGGUGGAUGUCGUGCGCUUAGCGGCCCUGAGCGACCCUGAGCUCCGGCUGUUGCUGCCUUGCUUGGUGCGCAUGGCCUUGUGUGCUCCAGCUGAUCAAAGCCAGAGCUGGGCGCAGGAUAAGAAACUGAUCCUCCGCCUGCUUUCGGGGGUGGAAGCAGUCAACUCCAUUGUGGCCUUGCUGUCGGUGGAUUUCCACGCCUUGGAGCAGGAUGCCAAUAAAGAACAGCAGCUCAGGCACAAGCUUGGAGGAGGCAGCGGUGAGAGCAUCUUGGUGUCUCAGCUGCAGCACGGUCUGACACUGGAGUUCGAGCACAGCGAUUCCCCUCGUCGGCUUCGUCUUGUGCUUAGCGAAUUACUGGCUAUUAUGAACAAGGUGGCAGAGUCCAAUGGGGAGUUGUUCUUCAAAUCGUCUGAGUUGUUUGAGAGCCCUGUCUAUCUGGAGGAAGCCGCGGAUGUACUUUGCAUCUUACAAGCAGAGCUGCCUUCGCUGUUACCGAUUGUGGAGGUGGCCGAGUCUUUGCUACACAUGAAGAACGGUGCCUGGUUCCUGUGUCUCUUGGUGGCCAAUGUUCCUGACAGCUUUAAUGAAGUUUGCAGGGGCUUGAUCAAGAACGGCGAGCGGCAGGAUGAGGAAAGCUUUGGAGGCCGCCGGAGGACCGAGGCUCUCCGCCAUCUUUGCAAGAUGAACCCUUCCCAGGCGUUGAGGGUCCGCGGCAUGGUGGUGGAAGAGUGCCACUUGCCUGGCCUCGGGGUGGCCUUGACUUUGGAUCACACGAAGGAUGAGUCUUCAGAAGAUGGCGUGAGUGACCUGGUGUGCUUCGUAAGUGGCUUGUUGCUCGGGACCAACGCGAAAGUACGGACUUGGUUUGGAACUUUUAUCCGGAACGGGCAACAGAGAAAGAGGGAGACGGUCAGCUCCGUCCUCUGGCAGAUGAGAAGGCAGCUGCUGCUGGAGUUGAUGGGGAUCCUGCCCACGGUUCGCAGCAUGCGCAUUACAGAAGAAGUGGACGCCGACAUGGAGCCCAACGUGUCGGUCUACUCGGGCCUGAAGGAGGAGCAUGUGGUGAAAGCCAGCGCCCUCCUGCGUCUCUACUGCGCGCUGAUGGGCAUCGCUGGUUUGAAGCCCACCUCCGAGGAGGCUGAGCAGCUGCUUCAGCUCAUGACGAGCCGCCCCCCGGCCACUCCCGCUGGCGUCCGCUUCGUCUCCCUCUCGUUCUGCAUGCUGCUGGCGUUCUCCACCCUAGUCAGCACUCCAGAACAAGAGCAGCUGAUGGUGAUGUGGCUCAGCUGGAUGAUCAAAGAAGAGGCUUAUUUUGAGAGCACUUCUGGAGUCUCGGCCUCCUUCGGGGAGAUGCUGUUGUUGGUGGCCAUGUAUUUCCAUAGCAACCAGCUCAGCGCUAUCAUUGACUUGGUGUGCUCCACUCUGGGAAUGAAGAUCGUGAUAAAGCCGAGUUCUUUGAGCCGCAUGAAGACCAUCUUCACACAGGAAAUUUUCACCGAACAGGUUGUCACUGCUCAUGCAGUCCGUGUAGCGGUCACCAGCAACCUGAGCGCCAACAUCACUGGAUUCCUUCCCAUCCACUGCAUCUACCAGCUUCUCAGGAGCCGGUCUUUCACCAAGCACAAAGUCUCCAUCAAGGACUGGAUUUACAGACAGCUGUGCGAAACCACCACGCCACUUCACCCUCAGCUGCUUCCCCUCAUCGACGUCUACAUCAACUCUGUUCUUACGCCAGCUUCGAAAUCCAACCCAGAAGCUACAAAUCAGCCAAUCACAGAGGAGGAAAUCUUAAAUGUUUUCCAAGGACUCACCGGGGGAGAAAAUGCUCGCCUGAGUCAACGUUAUGGCAUCACAGCCCAGCUUCUUGUCCUAUAUUAUGUUUUGUCUUAUGAAGAGGCGAUCCUGGCAAGCUCAAAGACACUGGCUGCCAUGCAGAGAAAGCCCAAGUCUUACUCCUCCGCAUUAAUGGACCAGAUCCCAAUCAAGUACCUCAUCCGGCAGGCUCAAGGGCUACAGCAGGAACUGGGUGGCUUGCAUUCUGCCUUGCUGCGUCUCCUGGCAACCAACUAUCCCCACCUGUGCAUCGUGGAUGACUGGAUCUGUGAGGAGCACAUUGCUGGCACGGACGCCUUGCUGCGCAGGAUGCUCCUGACCAACACGGCCAAGAACCACUCUCCCAAGCAGCUCCAAGAAGCGUUUUCGGCACUGCAAGGCAACCACACCCAAGUCCUGCAGAUUCUGGAACAUCUGACGCUCCUCUCAGCCGGAGAGCUGAUCCCCUACGCGGAGGCCUUGACAUCCAACAUGAACCGCCUGCUGUACUUCGGGAUCCCUCGGCGGAUCCUUCAGACUGUCAAUAGGCUUUGGAUGACCUUGAACACAGUGAUGCCUCGAAGGUUGUGGGUGAUGACAGUGAAUGCCUUGCAGCCGUCAGGCAAGAUGGUCCGGCAGCAAAAGUACACUCAGAGGGACCUGAUGAUUGACCCCCUGAUUGUAUUAAGAUGUGAUCAGAGAGUCCACAGGUGUCCCUCUUUGAUGGACAUCACGCUGCACAUGCUGAAUGGGUACCUUCUCGCUUCAAAGGCUUACCUGAGCGCCCAUCUCAAAGAAACGGCAGAGCAAGAUAUCAGGCCAUCCCAAAACACCAUGAUGGGCCUAGAAGCCACAGACGUUACUCGAGAGGAACUCAAAAAUGCACUGCUGGCGGCCCAGGACAGUGCUGCGGUCCAGAUUCUCCUGGAGAUCUGCUUGCCGGUGGAGGAGGAGAGACCCCCAGGUGGCGGCUCCUACCGGCUCCUGAAAAGCAUCGGUGUUCCGGGUACGGGAAAGAAACAGCUGGAAGAGGAAGAGGAGGAGGACAGCCUUCUCUGCAACCUCCGCGAGGUGCAGUGCCUCAUCUGCUGCCAUCUGCACCAGAUGUUCAUCGCUGACCCCAACAUCGCCAAACUGGUUCACUUCCAGGGUUAUCCGUGUGAACUGCUUGCGCUGACAGUGGCCGGCAUUCCAUCUAUGCACAUCUGCCUGGACUUCAUACCUGAGCUGAUUGCUCAACCUGAACUGGAGAAACAGAUUUUUGCCAUCCAGUUGCUGUCUUAUCUAUGUAUCCAGUAUGCUCUACCAAAAUCCCUCAGUGUUGCCCGCUUGGCUAUCAAUGUUAUGGGGACGCUGCUGACAGUUUUAACGCAGGCAAAGCGGUUCACCUUCUUCAUGCCAACUUUGCCCUGUUUGGUUUCCUUCUGCCAAGCCUUUCCGCCACUCUACGAGGAUAUCGUCUCUCUGCUCAUCCAGAUCGGGCAAGUGUGUGCCUCGGAUGUUGCCACAGCGACACGAGAUUUUGACCCAAUCAUUACACGUCUCCAGCAGUUGAAGGAGAAGCCGAGUGAGUGGGCAAGGCUUCUGAAGGAACCAGUGUGUAAAACCGGAGCAGGGGAGAGUGGCAGCCUGGACCCCAACGUGCAGCUCUGUCACAGUGUCGAGAGCACCUUCGUCGACAUCAUUAACAUGAGCGUGGGUGGAGUUUAAGCAAAGCAG